ACGUUACCUAAUUAUGAGAUAUUUAUAAGUGUAUUCAGGACAUUAGGAAAAAUAUGUAAUGCAGUAAUAAGCUAACUGUAACAGUAUUUUAAAUAUUAUUCACAAUAAAAAGGAGUUAUAAUCUUUGGAUCAGAUCAAGAAGUAGCCGGAGUAAUGAGAGCAAUUCGAAGGAACAACGCAACAGGUAUCUUCUCUUGGAUAGGUAGCGACGGAUGGAGUGCAAGAGCAUUAGUAUUUGAAGGUAAUGAAGAUCAAGUAGAAGGAACUCUUUCUGUGCAACCGAGAGCAAAUCCCGUACAUGGUUUCGACGAAUAUUUUCUAAACUUAACUGUGCACAACAAUCGAAGAAAUCCUUGGUUCGUGGAAUACUGGGAACAUUUUUUCAAUUGUCGAUGGCCCAAUAGCAGCGACACUCCAUUCAAUUUAAGAUAUGAAAAACUAUGUACCGAAGAAGAAUUUAUGACAUAUCAAAAUGGAUACGAACCAGAGAAACAACUCCAGUUUGUCAGCGAUGCAGUUCUGGCCUUUGCUCAUGCUCUGAAGAUGAUGCAUAACGAUUUUUGUCAUGGAAAACUGGGCUUAUGUGCAAAUAUGAAAUGGAACAAUGGAACAAUAUUACUGGACUAUCUAAAAAAAGUAUCUUUUGUGGGUCUGAGUGGUGACGAAUUUCGGUUUUCUGCUUCUGGCGAUGGUCCUGCUCGAUACAAUAUAAUUCACUUUAAACAGAUAACACCCGGUAACUAUAAAUGGAUUCAAGUUGGAGAAUAUAAAAAUGGAGAACUGGAACUGAAUUUAUCUGAAGUCAGAUUUAGAAUAGAUAAUCCUGAAAUGCCUCUUUCUGUUUGUAGUUUACCUUGUAAAAAAGGACAAGCUAAAAAGCUUUUAGAGGGAGAAAGCUGUUGUUGGCAUUGUUUCAAUUGUUCCCGUUACCAGUUCCUUAGAACAGACACUCAAUGUAUGGAUUGUCCUCCGGGAUUUCUCCCCGAUGAUAAUCAACUGGCUUGCAUUCAAAUUCCGGAAACACACAUGAAACCGGGAUGUCCCUGGGCUAUAGGAGCAAUGGCAUUUUCUGCCUUUGGAAUAUUGCUAACUGGAUUUGUCAUUGCUGUUUUCCUAAAGCAUAACGAUACACCUAUUGUUAGAGCAUCUGGAAGAGAACUAAGCUAUGUACUUCUUUCGGGAAUAUUUAUGUGCUAUUUAAUGACGUUUAUUUUGGUGCAAAAACCAACAAAUUUUAUUUGUGGAGCGCAGAAAACAGGAAUUGGGUUAUGCUUUGCUAUAGUUUACAGUGCCAUGUUAACGAAGACAAACCGCAUUUCGCGAAUUUUUGAUGCUGGUAAAAGGACAGUAACAAAACCUGCAUUUAUUUCUCCACAAUCCCAAUUAGUUAUUUGUGGUGCACUAAUUGGUGUUCAAAUUUCUAUAAUAGCUGUUUGGUUGGUAUUUACUCCUCCUCGAGCAAUUCACUCUUAUCCUUCUCGAGAAGAAAGUCAACUGGUAUGUGCAGCCUCUAUGAAUGCUACUUACAUGGUUGCCUUUGUUUACCCUAUAUUUUUGAUCAUAGUUUGCACCAUUUACGCUAUUCUAACUCGAAAGAUUCCAGAAGCCUUCAAUGAAUCCAAGUACAUAGGACUUACAAUGUACACAACCUGUAUUAUUUGGUUGGCAUUUGUGCCUAUAUAUUUCACUACAUCCUCAAAUGUGGAAGUAAAUAUUACGUCCAUGUGUCUAGCCAUAAGUUUGAGUUCGACGGUAACAGUGGUAUGUUUGUUUACUCCUAAAUUAUAUAUAAUAAUUUGUCAUCCAGAGAAAAACGUACGACAAAACAUGAUGAAGCAGCAGAAACAAAAGUUAUGUUGGAAUUCUUCGCCAAUACAGGCUGAGGCUUCUUCCCAAUUUGAUGGAGUUAUAAUCUUUGGAUCAGAUCAAGAAGUAGCCGGAGUAAUGAGAGCAAUUCGAAGGAACAACGCAACAGGUAUCUUCUCUUGGAUAGGUAGCGACGGAUGGAGUGCAAGAGCAUUAGUAUUUGAAGGUAAUGAAGAUCAAGUAGAAGGAACUCUUUCUGUGCAACCGAGAGCAAAUCCCGUACAUGGUUUCGACGAAUAUUUUCUAAACUUAACUGUGCACAACAAUCGAAGAAAUCCUUGGUUCGUGGAAUACUGGGAACAUUUUUUCAAUUGUCGAUGGCCCAAUAGCAGCGACACUCCAUUCAAUUUAAGAUAUGAAAAACUAUGUACCGAAGAAGAAUUUAUGACAUAUCAAAAUGGAUACGAACCAGAGAAACAACUCCAGUUUGUCAGCGAUGCAGUUCUGGCCUUUGCUCAUGCUCUGAAGAUGAUGCAUAACGAUUUUUGUCAUGGAAAACUGGGCUUAUGUGCAAAUAUGAAAUGGAACAAUGGAACAAUAUUACUGGACUAUCUAAAAAAAGUAUCUUUUGUGGGUCUGAGUGGUGACGAAUUUCGGUUUUCUGCUUCUGGCGAUGGUCCUGCUCGAUACAAUAUAAUUCACUUUAAACAGAUAACACCCGGUAACUAUAAAUGGAUUCAAGUUGGAGAAUAUAAAAAUGGAGAACUGGAACUGAAUUUAUCUGAAGUCAGAUUUAGAAUAGAUAAUCCUGAAAUGCCUCUUUCUGUUUGUAGUUUACCUUGUAAAAAAGGACAAGCUAAAAAGCUUUUAGAGGGAGAAAGCUGUUGUUGGCAUUGUUUCAAUUGUUCCCGUUACCAGUUCCUUAGAACAGACACUCAAUGUAUGGAUUGUCCUCCGGGAUUUCUCCCCGAUGAUAAUCAACUGGCUUGCAUUCAAAUUCCGGAAACACACAUGAAACCGGGAUGUCCCUGGGCUAUAGGAGCAAUGGCAUUUUCUGCCUUUGGAAUAUUGCUAACUGGAUUUGUCAUUGCUGUUUUCCUAAAGCAUAACGAUACACCUAUUGUUAGAGCAUCUGGAAGAGAACUAAGCUAUGUACUUCUUUCGGGAAUAUUUAUGUGCUAUUUAAUGACGUUUAUUUUGGUGCAAAAACCAACAAAUUUUAUUUGUGGAGCGCAGAAAACAGGAAUUGGGUUAUGCUUUGCUAUAGUUUACAGUGCCAUGUUAACGAAGACAAACCGCAUUUCGCGAAUUUUUGAUGCUGGUAAAAGGACAGUAACAAAACCUGCAUUUAUUUCUCCACAAUCCCAAUUAGUUAUUUGUGGUGCACUAAUUGGUGUUCAAAUUUCAAUAAUAGCUGUUUGGUUGGUAUUUACUCCUCCUCGAGCAAUUCACUCUUAUCCUUCUCGAGAAGAAAGUCAACUGGUAUGUGCAGCCUCUAUGAAUGCUACUUACAUGGUUGCCUUUGUUUACCCUAUAUUUUUGAUCAUAGUUUGCACCAUUUACGCUAUUCUAACUCGAAAGAUUCCAGAAGCCUUCAAUGAAUCCAAGUACAUAGGACUUACAAUGUACACAACCUGUAUUAUUUGGUUGGCAUUUGUGCCUAUAUAUUUCACUACAUCCUCAAAUGUGGAAGUAAAUAUUACGUCCAUGUGUCUAGCCAUAAGUUUGAGUUCGACGGUAACAGUGGUAUGUUUGUUUACUCCUAAAUUAUAUAUAAUAAUUUGUCAUCCAGAGAAAAACGUACGACAAAACAUGAUGAAGCAGCAGAAACAAAAGUUAUGUUGGAAUUCUUCGCCAAUACAGGCUGAGGCUUCUUCCCAAUUUGAUGAUAAAAAAUCCGAGGAAAAAACAACUCCAGAAAUCUUCAUUAUAUCUGAGAAGAACACUUGUGGCACCCAGACUUUACAUUCCGAUGAUAAUAAUUGUAUUCACCCCACUUUAAAAGAUAAUCAUAUGUAAAAAUUGCUCAAUACCUAAAUAAAAAUUCUAUUUCAUUACAACCUUAUUGCUUGAUCUUUACGUACAGUACUGUACAGUACAUCAUUACAUAAUCUUAUUGCUUGAUUAUUAAAUGUUUGCAGAUUUUGUUGUACACCUAUAAUAACUGAUUGAUUGAAAAGUUAAAUAUCGAAUUAAUUUUAGUUGAAAAUUUAA